AUGGAUUCCAUAUUCCCUUUCGACAGGUGUCCCGUCGACAUCUUGAUUCCCGUCUUCCAGGUCGUUAUUGACGCCGAGAUGAGGGAAUGCGAGACCGCCUCUUCUUUCACGGACCCCAUUCGAUCUCAAGCAGCAAUUCUCCUCGCACUCGUCUGUCAGCGCUGGAAAGAGAUCAUCUACUCGACGCCAUCGCUGUGGGCCGACCUUGUUCUCGACUUUCGGAGAGACCGAGAGGGCCUAUCUCGGGACUCGGAGCGUAUACAACGAAGAGCAUGUAGCGUUCCAAUCUCGCUCUAUCUGCUCAACAUCCACCACAAAGGCAGCUGCCCGGGCAAAUUUCGCAAUAGUCCGAUACACGAUAGCUCGUUAUGUGCAUCUGGCUUGAAAGAUGUCACGGCGCUCAUCGCACAAGUCCAACAUAUUCGCCAUCUUCACCUUCAAUUUGCCUGUAUUGCGAGCUGGAGUGGCAGACUAUGUCAUCCCUCCGUAUUCAAAAGGAGCCAGCCACAGCUCGCGGCAGUAGAGAGUUUCUUCGUCGACCUUUCCCAGUCGACGGCACCUCUGCAGUACGCUCUCUUAAGACAAAUUGGGAUGAUGCCUCGUCUCGUCGAGCUCCACGUGCGCGGGCUUGAGGCCUGUAACAUCUCAUAUGGAUCAUCGUCGAAACUUCUGCCAUCGGUCAAACGCCUCUAUAUUACAUCCACCAACAAGGACGUCCCACGACAUCUCGUCUCCUGUCUCCUAUCUCACUGUCCACACCUUGAAGAAUUCAAUCUCGGCAACCUUCGAAGCUUGUAUCCGCCUCCUCAAUACCUCCUUGCGCUACGACGAUUGCAAACCGUCACAGCGAGCUCGCCUGAUUGGGUUCUCCGCCUGUUUCUGUUGAAAGGCGUCGAAGCACCGAUGCUCAAAGAUAUCUUUUUCAUUGAAAGUGAGGUGGUAAACCCCACUCUUCUGGCUGAAUUCUCGAAUCUACGUCCACUAGUGCGAAUCCAUCAGACAUGA